AAUAGAAACCCCCAACUUUUACUUUGUAGGUACACAUAUUCCAGUUUUACCACCCAGUGAAGGCUAUUUAGACUACGUAAACAGAAAGGGUUGGCCAUCUAUUGUGAUGCAAGCUGUUGUGGAUCAUAAAUACAUGUUCCGGGAUAUUAGUGUCAAACUUCCUGGAAGUGCACAUGACGCGACUGUUUUUAAGGAGUCCGGUCUUUUCAGAAACUCCGCACAACUAAUUCCUCAAUACUCCACCACAAUUAAAGGCAUAGAAAUUCCGCUCCUGUUAGUUGGAGACCCCGCAUAUCCACUACUACCAUGGCUUAUAAAACCUUUUACUGGAAAUUUAAGCCCUGAGGAGGAAUCUUUUAAUUGUAAUUUAAGUUCAGGACGCAUUGUUGUAGAGAACGCUUUUGGAAGGCUUAAGGGUAGAUGGAGGUGCUUAUCGAAACGCAUUGAUGUUGAUCCCAAUUUUGUACCUUCGGUUGUGUUGGCUU